AUGCAGAGGCAAAACUACUCCAAACCGUUGAAAUGGCAUAUUGGAUGCCUUCUCAUAACAUUAAGUCCUCUUCUCCUCAUAAGCCUCUUCACGAUUAUAUUCUCAAGUUCUGGUCUCUCUUAUCCUCUGUUCAUUUUCACCAACAACUCUGCAUACAAAUCCUAUAGCCAAAUUGUUUUACCUUAUGCAAUCCAAACCCAAGUCGCCAACUUGCAGAAACAACUCGGAGUUUUGCUCGAGCAGCUGCAUACUGAAAGUUCAGAAUCAAAAGCAGUGGCAAAAUUUUCUGACCAAGUUCUUCAUAUAGCUGUAUCUUUAGACAGGCUUGCAGAUAGCCUUUCAGGUCUCCACCAUAGUGAUCCUCCUGCCAGUUGCAAUGAAUAUAGCAAUGUGGAUGAAGACUUGAGUGAACCUGAGGAAGACGAUCUUGAUGAAGGAACAAUGUCUAUGAAGGCCUUCAAUGCAGGUGAGAUUUAUAACUAUACAUCACCAAAACCGCAUAGGCUUGUUAGCAAGAAGAAUUUCCUUGAUGUGGAAGCAGUUAGUCCAUCUAUUGGACAGGUUUGUGCAAAGAUGGCUUCGAUUGUUGACCGUUUCAUGACUUACAAGGUUUACGGGAUGUGCCCAGAUGACUGGGACAUCGCUCAGAAACUCAUAGUCAGUGGCUGUGAUCCAUUACCAAGAAGAAGAUGCUUCUCAAGAACACCUUCACAUUAUAGUAAGCCAUUUGCUAUUAACACUUCUCUUUGGACUCAACCUAGUGAUGCUAAUAUCUUAUGGAACCAUUACAAGUGCAAAUCUUACUCUUGCCUUGUUUCAAAAGGGUCGGUGGACAGAAGAGGCUUCUUCAAGUGUACAGAUUGUUUCAAUCUCUCCAAACAAGCGUGGAAUGUACCAACAAAUGAAUCCGUUUCUGCAGAAUUCACCAUCAAUCAAGUCUUGCGAUUGAAGCCAGGAGAAAUUCGAAUCGGCCUCGACUUUAGCCCAACAACUGGCACAUUUGCAGCAAUGAUGAGGGAGAGAAAUGUAACCAUUGCAUCAGCUACUUUAAACUUAGGGGCACCUUUCAAUGAGGUAAUUGCACUAAGAGGCCUUCUACCUCUAUACAUAUCAGUAGGCUCCAGAUUGCCCUUCUUUGACAACACACUUGAUAUUGUGCAUUCUACUCUAUUCUUAGAUGGGUGGAUAGGAAUACAACUUCUACAGUUCGUACUUUUUGAUUGGGACAGAGUUCUUAGACCGAAGGGGCUCCUUUGGGUAGAUCGAUUCUUUUGUAAGAAAGAAGAUAUGAAGCUGUAUUUGGAUGAGUUUUCCAGGCUGGGCUACAGAAAGCUACUAUGGAGGGUUGUGCCAAAGACUGAUAAGCUUGGUGAUGAGCUUUUCUUCUCUGCAGUUCUGGAGAAGCCAAGUAGAAGUUAA